GAAAAGUGAAAGUAUUUGGAGCAGAUCGUGCAGAAAGCUGAAGACAGUGCUUGCUGCCUCCCUCCAUCUCCGUCCAGACACUUGAAGUUCCCUCAUACCCUUUGCAAAUAGCCUCCUCCCCAACCACAGCAUCAGGCAGUCACUGAUGUGCUUCCUGUUAUUGAGGAUUCUCUUUGCGGCAGAUGUGCUGGCCAUCUCUCGUUCAUCAUGUCCGAUCACCAUGAUGUCACCAAUGUAACUGAUCGGUGUGAUGUUCUGUGGGAUGUCCAGGUGAUCCAGAUCUCUUCUAUUUUAUGACAAAGGACAGGUACCACACUUGAGAGAUCAAUCAAUUGGUAGACAUUCUCCUCAGAGCUCCAGGGAGGCACAAAGGGAAUAAACGUCUGCUCAGGGUUGAUCCUGGGCCAGCUCCAUUACCCAGUGGGGCUGGCAGUGGAAGAUGGCGAGUGGAGGCAGCCAGCUCAGCCGCAGGAUGUUCACAGAGAACCAGAACCUAGAAGACCAAACCCCAGAGGAGCAGGCUUUCUAUGAAUUUAUUUUUACGUUCUUCAAAGAGAAUAAGGUGGAGAUUGCAAGUGCAAUAAAUAAGCCAUUUCCUCUCCUUAUGGGCCUCCGAGACCGUGGCUUUAUCUCUGAGCAAAAGUACGAAAAUUAUGAAGAAGCUUGUAGUAAUCAGGUCCCAGUGAAAAAUGUGGUCUAUCGUGCGCUCAGUGAACUGGAGAAGACAUUUGACAAGACAGUUCUGGAUGCACUGUUCAGCAACACAAACCUAAAGGCCUAUCCUGACUUACUUGAGAUCUGCAGAAGCUUCCAAAAUGUGAUUUAUGACAACUUCUAUCAUGAAGCCAUUGAUGAAGAAGAGACAAAGGAAACGUUCCACUUACAAGUACCCCACCAGUUAGAGUCCUGUGAACACUCACUUCCCCAAAUGAAUAAUGUCAGAGCACUGGAAGAGACAUCCAGCUUACUGCCUAAUGAGGGGCGAGCUCCCCAGAUGAUCAGUGAAGGAGAACCAGUGGAAGUGCCCAGGCAAGUGCUAUGUGACGGGGAAGCAGAAGGUAACAGUGCCUGUUUAGAAAUGUGUGAUGAAGAAGAACCUCAGGAAGACUUGAACUCAUUACCAGAAAGUGAAUCAGUAUCUGGAAAACUAGAAACUCUCCAAAUGAAUAGAGAGGAAGAAUCAGAAGAGCUUAGUUCCAGACUACUACUCUGUGAUGGAGAAGAAGCUGAGCUACCAGCAGAUGGAAAUGAAAAGUGUUCCUGUGUUAUGUGCUUUUCAAAAGAUGUGCCAGAAGGUCCUGAAAGUAGCCAAACAUGUGACAUGAUGGAUACUGUGGAUCUUGAAAACACCUCUUCUUCGGGAAGACUCAAGAGGAAGAGAAGAAAAAAGAAAGGACAUGCCUGGACAAGGAUUAAAAGGAGAUAUCAGGGAAGAGUAAAUCAAAAAGAAAGAAGCGACACUGCUGACCAGUUGGUCUCCAGUGAGAGAAAAGUGAAAAAGCGUCUGCCAAGAAGUGCCAAGAUCAGGGGGAAAAGGAGAGGCAGAACUCAUAGUGAAAGGGCCCCACAGAAAAGAUUCCAGUCAAGAGGGUCGAGAAGAUGCAGAGAUGUUAGUGUGGAUUUUCACUCUCAAAUACUUCCUGUCACCUGUGGUAAGGUGAAGGGGAUGUUAUAUAAGAAGAGACUGAAACAAGGAGUCUUGGAGAAGUGUAUACAGAGUGAGGAUGGAAGAUGGUUCACCCCCAAGGAAUUUGAAGCCGAAGGAGGCCACGAAAAAUCAAAGAACUGGAAGCUGAGUGUGCGUUGUGGUGGGAGGCCCCUACGAUGGCUAAUGGAGAAAGAACUUCUACACAAUCCUCCAAGAAAAUAUUUCAGGAGAAGAAAGAAAAUACCAAGGACUCAUGACAACAUCUUGGUUGACCCUCAACUGGGAAACUCCGACAUAUGUGAGAUGUGCCGGAGGGGAGGAAGGCUGUUCUGCUGUGAUACUUGUUCGAGAUCUUUUCAUGAAUACUGUCACAUCCCACCUGUGGAAAUUGAGAGGAGCCCAUGGAGUUGCACCAUCUGCAGGAUGGAGUCUUUUGAAAGGCAGCCAUGUCACGGGGAAUCUGAGGCCCUGGAGAGACAGAUGCAGCCUGAGGAGCAGUUGAAAUGUGAGUUCCUCCUCAUGAAGGUUUAUUGCCAUUCAGAGAGCUCAUUUUUUUCGAAGAUCCCAUAUUAUUACUAUAUUAGAGAGGUUUCUCAAAACCUGAAGGAACCCAUGUGGUUGGACAAAAUCAAGAAGAAGUUGAAUGAACAGGGUUAUCGCCAAGUAGGGGACUUCGUGCAGGACAUGCGUCUCAUCUUUCAGAACCACAGGGUGUCUUACAAGUACAAUGACUUUGGCCUAAUGGGACUUAGACUGGAAAAAAAAUUCGAGAGGAAAUUCAAGGAAGUGUUUGCUAUUGAAGAAACAAAUGAGAGCAGUUCACAGGCAUAGUGGAGGGUGUUGGUAUCCUGGAAAAUUCCCUUUGGGGCAGAAAUUUCAUCUCCCAUCCGCUGUGAGGAUUGGCUAUGGAUGCCACCCUUCCCCAAAAUAUCACGUUCUGCCAAUGCCAGCUUCAUUUGGAGUUAACACCUCUUGGACCUGGGAGCUGGCCCCCAGCCCCAAGGUGGGACCAAUGUGUGGUGUGAUUCAUGCUCGUGCACUCCCCAGAAGAUCAAGCUAGAGCUAGCCUCUAGCUGCGACCACAUCCAUGCUUGGUUUUUCCCACCAUGCUAUCCUUCUUCCCUCUCCCUUCUUCUCCUGAAAAACUUCUCAUAAUAAAUCACUUACUAAAGAGACUUUA